CUCCUUGAUCAACCAACUUCAACGCUCUUUCGAAAGAAUCCAAAAACCAAACUUUAGUCUUACAAAAAUGUUUGUUCGUAUCCUGUCCAUCGCGUCCCUUGCUGUCUUGGCUAUCGCCACGCCUCUCGCCCUACGCGACAGCGGCCAGUGUAACACCGGCAACAUUCAGUGUUGUCAGUCGACUCAGCCAGUCGACGAGUACAACAAGAACCUGACGAUGUCUGGGGGUAUCCCCAUCUUCGCUGAUAUCCUCGGCGAGGUCGGUCUCGACUGCAGCCCAAUCAGCGUGGUUGGUACUGGUGACGGUGCAAACUGUCUCCAGCAGCCCGUCUGCUGCAGUAACGAGUCAUACAACGGCCUCAUCAACAUCGGCUGCACGCCCAUCAAUCUCUUCCUCUGAGCUUUGAAGGCGAGGAA